AUGAGUGAAGAAACCAACGGGGUCACCCCCGAGUCCGGAGGAAGAUGCGCUAUUGGGCUAUCCUUUGGAAACACCAACAGCUCUAUAGCUUACACAUCACCAGAAGGGAAAGCGGAAGUAAUAGCCAAUGAGGAGGGAGACCGUCACAUACCCUCCAUUCUUUCAUACGUUGAUGCGGAAGAAUACCAUGGGAACCAGGCCAAAGCGCAACUUGUUCGAAAUCCUUCGAACACCGUUGCUUAUUUCAGAGACUUUCUAGAAAAAGACUUCAAGUCGAUAGAUCCAACUCCCUGUCAUGCGUCUGCCCAUCCUCAAUUGCAUGGUACCACCAUCGCUUUCAAAAUCCAUGAUACCGCCAGCGAAGAACCCAGCACGGUGACGGUCUCAGAAAUAGCUACUCGCCAUCUGCGUCGUCUCCGGCAGUCUGCAUCGGAGUUCCUUGGAAAGGAUGUGAAUGCAGUCGUUGUCACAGUCCCUACAAAUUUCUCGGAUGCCCAGCGCUCCGCCUUGACCGUAGCAGCGAAAGCGGCUGGACUUGAAAUCCUCCAAUUCAUCCCAGAACCUGUUGCUGCUCUGCUAGCAUAUGAUGCACGUCCCGAGGCCGUAGUGAAGGACAAGCUAGUUGUGGUAGCUGAUCUAGGUGGCACGAGGUCCGAUGUUGCUGUCAUUGCGUCGCGGGGUGGAAUGUACACCAUCCUGGCAACUGCCCACGAUUACGAACUUGGGGGCGCUCAACUAGAUCAAGUCUUGAUUAAUCAUUUUGCCAAGGAAUUUAUGAAGAAGCACAAGACAGACCCCAGAGAAAAUGCCAAAAGUUUGGCUAAACUGAAGUUGGAGGCGGAAUCAACUAAGAAGGCCUUAAGUUUAAGUACCAAUGCCACUCUUAGCAUCGAAAGUCUUGCGGACGGAGUCGAUUUCAGCUCUACCGUCAACAGAACAAGAUAUGAGCUUCUUUCCGCAAAAGUGUUCUCCAGCUUCACCAAGCUAAUCGAGGAGGCCGUGAAAAAAGCCGAUCUGGACAUCCUCGAUAUUGUUGAGGUUAUCCUUUCUGGUGGGACAUCUCACACCCCAAAGAUCGCAAGGCUUGUCCAAUCUCUCUUCCCUGCCACAACAACAGUCCUCGCUCCAUCCACCUCACCAACUGCCAUCAAUCCAUCUGACCUGUCCGUGCGCGGUGCCGCAAUCCAAGCUUCCCUAAUCGAGGAGUUUGAAACAAAUGACAUCGAACAAUCCACCCACCCCAUGGUCACUGUAACCCCCCACCUCCAAAACGCCAUCGGUGUCCAACUCAUCACCGCCACCGACGACAACUACGCCGUCUUUAAACCACUCCUUAAUGCCGAAACAGCCCUCCCGGCCCGCCGCACUGCUCAUUAUGCCGUUCCCAAAGCUGGCGGAGACGUCCUUAUCCGCGUCUGUGAAGGUACCCGCGAGAUCAAAGUCACGAAACCUGAGCCUAAGGAGAAGCCUGCCAAGGGAGCUGAUGGCGAGGACGAGGAUUCCGACUUAGACUCCGAUGACGAGGAGGAGGAAGAUAUCAGAGAAAUUGUCUGGAAGGUAUCCAAGCCAAUUGCAGAAUUUGCAAUCAGGGGUGUCAAGCCCAAUGGCAAGGUUGAGGUUAUGGUGGCCGUGAGUGAGCAGCUGGCUGUCCAGAUCACAGCGCGUGAAGUUGGUGGAAAGGGUGGUGUUAGGGCUCUGGUGGAGCCGCCAAAGGCGACGGAAAACGGAAGUGCAUAA